CUUGAAGAGAUUCUUGACCGAGUUCAGUUGCUUCAAUUCGCGUAUUUUGAUGGCCGACAAUUUCACAGCCUCUACCCGCCAAGGUUGGGUUACUGAGCCGGAUGGACGGGGGUCGUGGAGUAUUCUUUCGACUUGUUUACUGACUAUUAUUCUCUGCUGUUGGACAGCAGUCCUUCCCAAUAUACCUGCUCGGACUGACAAGUGGUAUCACCGUCUACGAGACCGGUUACAUUUGGCUUCCAUUGGAGUGUUGGGACCCGAGUUUCUGCUCAUGCUGGCGCUGGGUCAGUGGUCCUCAGCCCGGGCAUCAGUAAAGAAAUUCGAGCAACUGACGAGAAAUUCCACGGAUCCAAAUACACCCUCAUGGACCCUUGCACAUGCCUUCUAUGCCGACAUGGGAGGCUUUAUCCUCGAAGAGGAGGGAAAUGCGACGUCUUUCCCCGUCAAUGCUGAACAGCUCUAUUUUUUGAUAGCGAACAACUACAUCAAACACCCACCCUUAACAGAAGACGAGAUCAAUGAUCGUAACAAGUCAGACAGCUUCUCACGUGUACUCGCCGUCUGUCAGGGGCUGUGGUUUCUCGUUAAUAGCGCUCUUCGAGUGGCGCAGGGAUUAUUCCUAACUACCCUCGAGCUCACAACCAUAUCUUACGUGGUCGUCUUUCUGGUAACAUCGUUCUGCUGGCGUGCCAAACCGUCCGACAUAACCGGUACUAUUCCGAUCAAAACAGGGACCCCAGUUGAUAUUAUUCGAGCAGAGCACUGCCUCUAUCCAGACCAGCCCUGGCACGAUACCCCGCUAGACUUUGUCUAUGCCGACAUCUCCUUCUGCGGCGUGCACUGGCGCUACUACACGCAAAUACUCCGCAAGCUGCACCUGCCACUCGUCUCGCGGCCCAUGACUGUCCGGCCGCAGAACCGGAUUAUCAGUGAUAACUUUCCUGUGACCGAUUUGCGGGCGGACUGCAUCGCCACACCUGUGCUUCUUCUCUUCGGCUCUAUGUUUCUCUUUGCCUGGGACUUUCAUUACCCGACCCGCGCGGAGCGACUUCUCUGGCGGACCGCCAGUGUCUAUAACCUCCUCUUCACCGUGGUCGGAGGCUUGCACGCUGGCUACUGUGAUAAGAUCCUCCUUCCCCGCGCGUAUGAGGAACGCAAACAGCGCAUUCCGUGGAUAGCGUCGCCGUCGCCGUCGCCAAGGGGUUCGCAGGUGGGAAAUCACCCUUCUUCCUUCUCCCCUCGUCUCAAAGCACCUAGCCAAGGGUUCUGGGCCCGUAUUGCGAACAAGAUACGCAAUAUUGACCCGACGCACGAUCCUAAGGCGGAGCUCCCACUACGAGUGCUCAUACCAACCUCGAUAAUUUGUGCUCUGUACUGCGUGGGGCGGACGUAUAUCUUGGUGGAGGACUUCAUCGGUCUACGCAGUCUGCCGGCCUCGGCUUUUCAGACUGUUAGUUGGGAAGAUUAUGUUCCUCACCUGUAAACACAAACCAAUAAUGUUAACCCUGUGGUAUAUGUAUCUACUGCACUGUGG